AUGGCAUUGAAGUUUCCACUAUAUGGAAACAACUUUUCAAGACUACCUUCCGGCCUCUCUCAAAUCCCGUGUCUCAAGUGCCUCGAUUUGUCGGAGUGCACAAGCCUUGUAGAAUUGCCGGACCUCCCAUCAAGCAUAGCUAUUCUCAGAGCAGAUGGUUGUGACUCACUUGAAAUUGUAAGAGAUUUAUCAUACUAUAAAUGGUUGUGGAAAGUCUCACUUUGGAGGAGAGCGAAUAAGAGGGUACUACUUUCUAUGCUUGAGGGAAAUGCAGCUGAAGAUCGCUUUAUGAGUGUCGUAAAUCCCGUUAUUGAACCAUCGUCACGUAUUUUUACGAGAUUAGUUACAUUGCAACUUCCAAGCAACUGGUACAGUGACUUUAGUGGACUUUUAUUAUUCUUACGUGUUGAUAAUGGUGGUGGGUGGAGUUAUGACAUAGAUAUUAAGCAGGAGACGUCAACAUAUGAUUACUCUGAAGAGUCAGAUGAAGAUUGGGGACAAUGUAUGUAUGAAAGGGUGGGUUAUGUACCCUUUAAUUCAUUGCGGCACAUCUCAUGGUUGAAUCCUACAUACACUAAAAAUAUUUCAUUUCAGACUGAUAAGGGUGGUCUUAAUGUGGAACUUGUUCGUAGUAAAAAUAAAAUAGUUGAUUUAAACGAAAACCCAAUCGAUUACUCAGAAGAAUGUUGGGAUGAAGAAGAGGAAGAUAGAAAGACAUUUGAAAUCAUGUAUGAUUCACAUUCCUCUAAUAUUCGGAUUUCAUGGCAUCAUUAAUAGUUGACCUGGGCAUUAGUGUUGCUGGUAUAUCUUCCUAGAUUUUGUUUCAAGGGUCAUCAACAACUAUUAGUAGAUCUCAGUUUCAACAUUAUUGGGCCCA